CCAAGGCAUCUGAAAGAUUGAAGGAAACUGAGAACAGGUUGAGAAACUUUGACAGAGACUUCACUAUGGCUAGACAAAGAGAGAACAAAGCGGCUGAAAAAUUCAGCAAGAUCAAAGGCAAGCGUCAAGAAAUGUUUAUGAAAGCCUUUGAGCAUAUUUCUGGAAAGAUUGAUGAUAUCUACAAAGAGCUCACAAAGACUUUUGCAUCACCUAUGGGGGGGUCCGCGUACUUAACUCUUGAGUCAGAUGAUGAACCCUAUCUCCAUGGGAUCAAGUAUCAUGCCAUGCCACCAAUGAAAAGGUUUAGAGAUAUGGAGCUUUUAUCUGGUGGAGAAAAGACCAUGGCUGCGCUAGCCCUUUUGUUUGCCAUUCAUUCAUUCCACCCAUCCCCGUUCUUUGUUCUUGAUGAAGUAGACGCGGCUUUGGACUCAGCUAAUGUCAACAAAAUUGCCAACUAUAUAAAAAAGAUCUCAAGUCCAACCUUCCAAAUGCCUUAUUUGAAAAAUCCGAUGCUUUGGUGGGUAUUUAUAGAGAACAACGGGAAAACUCCUCUAGAACUAUCACACUUGAUUUACGUGAUUAUCCAGAUGAUGAAGCACCCAUUGUUGGAGCCGCUGCGUAGCUGAAAACUGUAUAAUAUAUAAAAAAAAAUGUGUUUAUCAUGUUCCAUUACAUUGAUCUC